UCAAAAUACGUCGCAUUGCUUGCAUUGCCGUUUCGAAAUCGACCACAGCGGCAUCCUGUGCAGUGUAUCGUAACUAAAGCACGUGUCGUUGUAAUAGCGAUGUUCUCGCGGUCAAAAUUUUUUGACUGGUAACUCGGGGGUGCAACAAUUUGUGCCUCUGCGGUAAGCAAAAUUAUAUGUAGGCAGAGGCUUAUAGCCCGGACGUAAUCGAAAUUUAGCGAAAGAGCUGCCGCUGGCAUCGUUUUCGACGCGAAGCACUAGGGUUAGUACGCACUGCUGGUGCAUGGAAACUGCUGUUGGUGGUUCCUGAUAUGUUCAACGGUGUUUGAGCACCUGUCUGGUCAGAGUAGAGGAACCCUCUGUGCCAUGGCACCCCCAGGCGAAGCCAUGCCAACGCUGUUAGAUUCAGCAGCGGAACUGGCACAAGUGCUUGAACGCUGGGAGGCAGAGACGGACGCAGAUCCCAUUCCGAGUCUCACAAGGCUGGCAGAACUCGUGGAAAGGGAAACAGAAGCCUACCUCAAGAUGGAUCCAGAUCCAUUCGAUGAUCGUCACCCAAGCCGUGCCCGUCCAUUCUGUACCCUGGGCCACUUGCUGAAGGCGCUCUUCAAGAACGACGACUUCAUGCACAAGCUCGUGAACGACUACGUCCUGACCCACGACACCAGUGGAAACCACGCUCUGAGCACGGCAGCAUGUCGUCUGCUGCUGGACAUACUGCCGGGGCUGGAGACGUCCGUGGUAUUCCAGGACACCGAAGGCCUCGUGUCGAAGCUGAUGGGUUGGGCCGAGGCCUACAGCCCCCUGCCACUCGGGGCGUACGCCACGGGCCUCCUGGCAGCAGCUAUGGAAGUGCAGGACGUGGCGGCAAACUUCCGAGAGACGAACGCCCGACUGGUGCCCCUCAUGCUGCAGCGUCUGUGGAAGCUGAGUGAGGAAUCUUUGGGGAACGGUGUCAGUGAAUGCCACCAGGAGGCAACUGAUGGAGUCCCUCGCUGCAGCACUUCUAUGGUAGCACUGAUCAACGAGGGCUCUAACAGCAGCUGGGCGGAACUCGAACCCCUCAUGAUUGGGUCGCAUCAGGUGCACCCACUUACAGGUGAAAUGCAGCAGCGACUGAUCCUGCAGUACCUGACCCCCCUCGGAGAAUACCAGGAACUGCUCGGGGCCGUCCUGGAAGCGCGUACUCUCCGCCUCUUGCUGCGAUACGUCGACCUGAGGAUAAACAAAGACGUCAGGCUCGCGUUUGAGGCACUCAAGUAUUUGGCUUCCCUGUUGUGCCACAAGAAAUUUGCUCUCGAGUUCAUAGCGGUUGGGGGUCUGCAGAAACUUCUUGAAGUGCAUCGUCCUUCGGUGGCUGCAUCCGGCGUCUCGGUCUGUCUCUACUAUCUCGCCUACAGCGAAGACGCCAUGGAAAGGGUUUGCCUCUUGCCGCAGAACGUUCUGUCCAACUUGGUAUCGUACGCCCUGUGGCUGCUGGAACGGUCGCACGACUCGAGUCGUUGCAACGCGACCAUGUUCUUUGGACUGGCGUUCCCCUUUCGACCUUUGCUGGAGUUGUUCGAUGCGCAGGACGGCUUACGGAAGCUGCUCAACGUUAUGAGCACGCUGGACGUGUUUGUGAGGGAUUCAGACUCCAACAACGUUACUACCGACGAGCAGGUGUUUGCCAGCAGGCAGACGGCACGGCACGUCUGCGUCGCCCUCAAACGCUACUUUGAGGCCCAGCUCGCGCUGAAGGCGGAGCAGGUGCGACGAGCGCACGCUCGCAAUGGCUCCCCCGUGCCGACGAUGUUCAACAACGGAUGCGGAGUGGCGACGUCCCCACGUCUGGCCACCAAGGCAGCUCGAUGGAGCACGGAAGCGUUCUGGGAGAACAUCGAGAUCCUCUUGGAACUGUUGCCCGCGAGGGCCCGCUGGCAGCCGGCGGAAGAGCUGGUGCGACUCGGCGGCGUCAACCUUCUCCUGCAGACGGUGGCCAUGACGUAUGACUGGAACCAUUCUAGUAAGGCUGAUGCUGUGAGGGCAGCCCUAGACGUCCUGGCAGUGUGUUCAGUGGUACCCAAGGUACAGCUUGCAUUGUGCAACAGCCUUUCCUUGGAUGUGCCACCAUCAGGCCUUCAGGGGUACCAUCGUCCAGCCACGGGAAUGAGCGUAAUCCUCGCUUCCGCCGAGGGAGACUUCGUGGCCGACCCCGACGUGCAGCGCUCUGCCCUGAACGUGGUCAUCAACUGCGUCUGUGGUCCCACGUCCAGGUGCGAUGUUGGCUUCCAGCUUGGAGGCAGUGUGGGUCGCAUGCUCUCGGGUUCCGUCAAGAAGAAGGCUUCCGUCAGAAGCAGCGAAGACCUGCUGUCGAAGAUGUGGUAUGCCGUCCGAGCGAACAAUGGCAUCAUGGUCCUCCUGAACUUGCUGACCGUGAAAAGCCCAAUCACGGACGCGGAUUCGCUCCGAGCGCUCUCCUGCAAGGCACUGUGCGGACUGGCACGUUGUCACACUGUCAGACAGAUCAUCAGCAAGCUUCCUCUUUUUGCCAGUGGGCAGCUACAAGUGCUCAUGCGCGAGCCUGUGCUGCAGGACAAGCGCGGAGAACACGUCAAGUUUUGCCGCUACUGCAUGCAACUAGUCGAGAGAGUGACAGGGGCGCCCCUGAUGGCGGUUGGCAUCGACACUUCUUUGGAACGCAUCCAACGGUCGGAAGUCGUGGCGCAGACCAACAUUCGCUACCGUGAGAAGGACCUGCUCCAGCUCAUCUACCAGCACCUGCUCGCAAAAGGGCUGGGAGACGCUGCGGCAACGUUGCAACGUGAAGCAGCCCUGCCCACAGUGCGCCAGUCCUCGAUGCAGAACUGUUUCGGCGGUCAGCUCACUCCCGGGGGCGUCCCGUGGUCUCCGUCCGCCAACCGCGUCGCUCGGCCAAUCACGUCCCGCUGCACGUCGACCACUUCCGUGCCGUCGACGCCGACAGCCACCAACGGGGGUUCGAGCACCAGCAUGGCGUCUGCUACUUCGGCGGUGUCGACUUCGCUACCGGUGCCUCCCGCAACACCAGUUUCUUCACUCUCCAUACACAGGAGUGCCCAGCUACGAGUGUCUAGCGAAGGGACGCCUCCAGUUCCGGCACUGCAGAAACGCAACAGCAUCAGCAGCGGCACCGGAACCAGUCUCUUUCAGCCCUCCCCCGCGCUCAAGCGGUUAGGGGCUGGGGCAUCCAUAGCCGCUGUUCCCGGCCCCCACGCAGUGUCUCUCGACUCCAUUGUCAAGGAAUAUCUGCGACAGCAGCACGCUCUCUGCAAGAACCCUGUCGUUACCUGCCCACCUUUCGAGCUUUUUGUACCUCACCGUUGUCCGGAGCCUCAGUACCGGACGACAGCUCCAUUAAACAUGUCCUCUCGUCUGCAACGUAGUCAAGUGUUUCCUCCCUCCGGUGGCUGUGAUGGUGCAAAACUUCACAGAAAAUUCGUCUACAGCCGGUUCCGACCCGUGCGGACAUUUCGUAAUCCCGAAGGCACGGGCAGCUACUCGUGCUGUGCAUUUUCACUGACGUCCCAGUUUGUUUUCCUGGGUACGUUAGUGGGUGAUCUGCAUGUCUACAACCUCUAUACAGGCCUGGAGGAAGCUACAUAUUCAUGUCAUGACUCUGAGCUAACAAACUGCCAGCCCUCAAAGGACGGGAGACUUCUGCUGACGUCGUCCAAUUGGAGGAGGCCGCUCUCGGCUCUCUGGACCUUUACGGACGUCUUCGAAGCGAAAUUAUCAUUUGAUGAAGAUCAUUACGUGGAAUUUGGCAAGCAGAACAUCGAUCGGAUACUGGGCACCAAGUACGAGGUGGCACACAUCUACGACACUGCCACUGGGGCGCUGCUCUUAAAAUUGAGCGACCCUGACCUCUCUAACCACUACAAUCGCAACAAGGCUACCUUCAGUCCGUCAGACGACCUGGUGUUAUCUGAUGGAGUCCUGUGGGAUGUGCGUUCGGCGUCUUCCGUGCACAAGUUCGAUAAGUUCAAUGCCAACAUCAACGGCGUGUUUCAUCCGAACGGGCUGGAAAUAAUCUCAAACACGGAGGUCUGGGACCUUCGCUCGUUCCGCCUGCUGCACACGGUCCCCACCCUGGAUCAGUGCCACGUGACCUUCAACGGUGCCGGUGACGUUCUCUACGGAGCCGUACUCACGGAGGACGACGACGAAUCGUCUCGUCUGUUUGGAUCGUCGUUCAGGACUUUCGAUGCGUCGGAUUAUUCUUCCAUCGCCACAGUCGACAUCAAGAAAAACAUCUUUGACCUGAAAACGGAUACCACUGACUAUUAUGUGGCCAUUGUUGAGAACUCGGGGCCUCGUGACGCCACCAUGAGCAGCACGGAGAGCAUUUGCCGUCUGUACGAGGUUGGACGGCAACGAGAAGAUGACGACGACGAGCAGGAUGCGGAGGAAGACGACGAGUCCGACGGCAUAGAAGAGACGGACGACGACGACGACGAUGAUGAUGAUGACGACGACGACGACGAUAUGGAUGCGCAAGAUCACGAUCCAGAUGACGGCGACGAGGACUUGGACAGCCACUCCGAGGACGAAGACGACGAUUCUGGCUCGGACCAGGUGUUGUUCGCGCUUAAUUAGGGUCAAAUUGUGUCUCCCCCACCCUUGAGGAGGUGUUUCUUUUGUAUAUUUUGUACAAAGACACAGGACAGUCCCCGCUUGAAGGGAGCGAUUCUUGCUGGAGGUUUUGGCAUCAGAACUGCCUCUGUGUUUUGAAAUGUGGAAUGAGAGGCUGACAAAAUAAAUAUUUGGCAUUGAAAUUUUAAAUUCAGUGCAUUUGUGUGGUGGA